AAAGAAUACUACCCCCUACACAUCAUCUCCGAAGCUCCUCGCCUCACCACCGUGGUUUAUUCAGUCGGCCGCCGUCGCAUUAAUGCGAAAAUAGCGAACGCCCUCUUUUGGUUCUUGAGCUGAAUCAUUGGUUUCCUCCUCCCGUGUUGGAGUCGCGACUCACUUCCUCCAAUGCUUCUCCAAGCCGCCGCUCCCUGCUUCCCCGGCGUCGCUUCCGGCGCCCGGAUCCGCUCCGAGAAUCUCACUUCUCGAAGGCUCCCUCUUCCGUCUCCCUCUCCGAUUCGUAAACGCUCAGGUUGUAUAAGAGCAGUUUCGCCCAUUAAUGUUUCUCCUGAGAACGAGGAUUCUCCAUCUGUAGUAUGCUUUGGAGAAUUGCUUAUUGAUUUUGUCCCAACUAUUAGCGGAUUAUCAUUAGCUGAAGCGCCGGCUUUCAAGAAAGCAGCUGGAGGAGCUCCUGCUAAUGUUGCUGUUGGGAUAGCUCGUCUUGGAGGUUCUUCAGCAUUCAUUGGGAAAGUUGGAGAUGAUGAAUUUGGGUAUAUGCUCUCUGACAUUUUAAAGGAAAAUAAUGUUAACAAUCAGGGGCUGCGAUUUGACCCUGGUGCCCGUACAGCUUUAGCUUUUGUUACAUUGAGAAGUGAUGGUGAACGUGAAUUCAUGUUUUAUCGGAAUCCUAGUGCUGAUAUGCUUCUAGAAGAAUCAGAACUGGAUCUUGAUCUUAUUAGGAAGGCUAAGAUCUUCCAUUAUGGAUCCAUUAGCCUUAUUACUGAACCGUGCAAGUCCGCACACAUCUCUGCGGCUAAAACUGCCAAAGAGGCUGGUGCACUUUUGUCAUAUGACCCCAAUCUAAGACUCCCAUUAUGGCCAUCUGCUGAUAGUGCAAGAGAUGGAAUAUUGAGUAUAUGGGAUACAGCUGAUAUCAUCAAGAUAAGUGAAGAAGAAAUUUCCUUUCUAACACAAGGAGAAGACCCUUAUGAUGAUGCUGUUGUGUGGAAAUUGUUUCAUCAAAAUCUUAAAUUGUUACUUGUAACAGAAGGCCCUGAUGGUUGCAGAUAUUACUCAAAGGGCUUCUGUGGUAGAGUUGGCGGAUUCGAAGUUGAACAAGUGGACACUACUGGCGCUGGGGAUGCCUUCGUUGCUGGAAUGUUAUCCCAGUUAGCAAGUGACAUAUCGAUACUCCAGGAUGAAGCAAGGCUUAGAGAAGCCCUUAAAUUUGCGAAUGCUUGUGGAGCUUUGACUGUGACGGAAAGGGGUGCGAUCCCAGCUUUACCAACUCGAGAAGCAGUUCUGAGUGCCAUGCUCAAUAUGGCUGCAUAAAUUUGAGUUCUUGUAUUUGUCUCUCUCUGCAGAUAUCCUUUCCCAAGCCAUUAGAUAUUAGAUUGAAGAGACUUUAUUCGAUGAAGCAAUCAUCUCCCAACUCUGCGUUGAAGAAUACUUGUUCUUGGAUUCUUCAUUUCUUCUCAAAGUGAUGUAAGUUCUCUUAACAAUCUGAAUGCUUCUUUCAUUACAAUAUAUAUAGUCAAUUAAUUUUUGGUUCUAACUA